AUGUCGCUCGGGAAGCAUUUCAUCAACGGUGUAAUCGAUCCGGUCGAAAGGGCACUCCAUAGCCAUCUGUACGGAAGGCCAGACCUUAGGUUCAUACCUUCAUCGAAAGUGCUAUACCGCCAACCGAAGGAUGACGAGAGCAAAGUGUUGCUCCUGUCCGGUGGCGGAUCAGGGCACGAACCUGCGUAUGCUGGAUACCUAGGCGAUGGCAUGCUGGACAUUGCUGUGGCCGGCAACAUCUUCGCAUCGCCGUCCGCGUCGCAGGUCGGCGCAGGCCUGCGUGCGGUUGAUUCGCCCAAGGGAACACUCAUGUUGGUAAAGAAUUAUACCGGAGACAAGCUCAACUUUGGCCUUGCUGCCGAAAAGGCGAAGGCAGAUGGACGUUUAGUGAACGUGGUCUUCAUCAAUGAAGACGUCUCCGUGGAGGGCAACUCCCUUGUCGGCCAGCGCGGUUUAUCCGGGAUCGUAUUCGUGCUGAAAAUCGCCGGUGCUCUCGCUGCGACGGGCGCAGACCUAUCCGCAGUUACUCAAGUGGCGCAAAAAGCAGCAGAUCAGAUGGCCACUGCCGCUGCGAGUCUGGACCGAUGCAGCGUGCCGAACAGGGGUAAACAGGAAUGUCUCCCCUUCGACGAGAUGGAAUAUGGAAUGGGCAUCCACAACGAGCCGGGCGUCACUCGCGAGAAGCUCCAGGCUUUUGAAGACACAAUCCAGGGCGUGGUGGCCAUGGUGCUGAAGACCCGACCGGGAGCCUGGAGUCCGUCGGCAACCCAAGAAAUCGCGCUCAUGGUGAACAACCUUGGAGGCCUCAGUGUCUUGGAGAUGAGUGUGAUCACGGACGAGGUUCUUCACCAGUUGUCGCGAACGGGGAUCCAUAUCAGCCGUUGUAUUUCGGGGACUUUUUUGACUUCACUGGAUGGGCCUGGGUUCUCCAUUACUCUUCUCGGCCUCGACGAGGAGCUAAAAAAGCAUCUUGAUGCUCCAACGUCGGCGGCCGCGUGGCCUAAGGAGAUCGGCCUAGUGGACGUCACAGCUGUGGCGUCGCAGGUUGUAUUAACGGCUGAGAAGAGAACAGAGCCAGCGACGUGCAAUAAUUCGGGUACUUUACUCGAUGUGACCACUAUAAAGCAAACUAUCGCUUCAAUCGCGACGACGACGAGGGAGGACGAGCCACUUAUUACCCAGUACGAUACCAUUGCAGGUGACGGUGAUUGUGGGGAGACACUGAUAAACGGAGUCAAUGCAUUCCUAGAAGAAACCAGAGAUCUCAAUGGUGGUAGAAUCGCCCCUAGUGAGCUGUUCCGCAGGGCUGCCAUCGCCGCAGAGAAAGGCAUGGGCGGCACCUCGGGGGCGAUUUAUGCCAUCUUCCUCAACGCCGCUGCGAACUCGCUCAGCAGCCGCGAGAAGGCAGCAACUGCCACCGAAAGCGUUGGACAUAGGACACUGAUGGAUGCACUUAUCCCGUUCGUCGAGGUUCUCAGCACCUCGGGUUUUGACGCUGCGCGCGAAGAGGCGGAGAAGGGCGCAGAUGCUACCCAGAAGAUGGCUGCCGCCAUGGGCCGAGCCAGCUACGUUGGCCAAGACGUGUUCGACGAGAGGGGCGGUAUCCCGGACCCUGGUGCCUUAGGGGUGGUUAGCAUCCUGAAAGGAAUCAGUCUGGUACUUGGCAGCAACUCGUAA